UCUGUCGCCGAUUGCCGUAUUGUUGCCGUAUUGCAGUGUUGCAGCCUUUGCAGCUGGGCUUUUUGCAGAAUUUAUUAGAGGGUGAGUGUUUUAGUGCUAUUUGCUGCUUAAUUGAUUUAUAUAGGUACCAACCGUACCAACCACUGCAGCCUAUCAGUAGCUUGAAAAGGUACAAUGGCUGACUCUCUGGUCUCCUGUGACACCUUUGUGGCCUUGCCUCCUGCUACAAACAGAGGCUUCAUUGUGUUUGGCAAGAACUCUGACAGACCACAGGGUGAAGUGCAGGAAGUGCUACACUUCCCUGCUGCCACUCAUGAGGCAGGCUCCAAAGUACAGUGCACCUACAUCGAGAUAGACCAGGCAGCCUCCACACACGCUGUGGUGCUCAGCCGACCGGCCUGGAUGUGGGGUGCCGAGAUGGGCGCCAACGAGCACGGUCUCUGCGUGGGCAACGAGGCUGUCUGGACCCGGCUCCAGUCGGAUGACGAUAAGACCGAGAAACUGCUCGGCAUGGACCUGGUCCGUCUGGCGUUGGAGCGUGCGGCCACUGCCCGUGAGGGCUGUGAGGUCAUCACGGCCCUGCUGGCGGCUCACGGCCAGGGCGGUGCGUGUUCGGACACGGACACCAGCCUGGUCUAUCACAACUCGUUCCUGCUGGCCGACCGCGCCGAGGCCUGGGUCCUGGAGACGGCCGGACACCUGUGGGCCGCCAAACGCAUCACCGCUGGAGUGGCCAACAUCAGCAACUGCCUGACCAUUGAUACGGAGAUGGACCUGCAGCACCCGGACCUGCAGUCGGAGGCCAAGUCACGCGGACUCUGGGACGGCAGCGGAGAGUUCAGCUUCAAAAAGGUGUUUGCAAUGGAUGGAGAAUGGAAAGGCUGCAGUCGCCUCACCGAGGGGCGCAAACUCAUGGAGAAGCUCGCUGCCGACGGCAAAUUUGACGUGGAGAGCAUGCUGACGGUUCUGCGGGACGAGCCCUCUGGCAUCUGUCGUCCGUACGAUGACGCCUUCCACACGGCAGCCAGUCAGGUGUCGGUGCUGCCUCCUGCCGACUCGGCCCGACCGGCCUGCCACUGGUUCACGGGCACCCCCGACCCGCAGCGCUCCGUCUUCAAACCGUUUGUGUUCGUGGAUGGGGCGCGCGUGUCGCCCCACAUCCAGAGCCCAGAGAUCGAGAACGACCCGGCCAAGACGGUGCCGCGUUUCCAGCGGCCGGUGGACCGCGCUCACCGUCUGUACCGUCUGCACGCCGCGGCUCUGCGCGCCCGACCCGAGCGUCACGACGAAGUGCGCGUGCUCGAGCAGCGCUGUGUGCCCGAGCUGGACCAGUUCCUCGAGCAGUACACGGCCGACAAGGCGGGCGAACUCUGCGACCUCUUCAAGGACUGCAUCGAAAGCGAGCUGCAGUUCUACAAGUAGGCGCAGCGGGUGGCUUUGGCAGGCGCGGGAGGGGAACUUGAAGACCGGCUGAGUGAGGACGGACGGAAACUGCGGACAUGCGUGGAAGAGGGAUUGAUCUGAGAAUGGAGAGAGUUCUUUAAAACGGGAGUGGAACUAGUGAGUAGGGUGGAAGAUAGGGUGGCACUUUUGCUUGUAAGGAAUGUAGGUCGGCAUAUCUGCAGAAAUGGCAGGGAAUAAGACGUUGAGACGCUUUAGCUUGGAACCUCUGCUUAUGAAGGUUUAUUUGCCAUUCUUGCAAAAUGCUUCUCCCAACUGCAACAUCGCCACCAAAACUCUAUCACAAUGUUUACAACAUUAUGCUAUUUCAUGGGUCUUUUGGAAUUUGCAUUGACUGGUCAAUGGUCAUCAUCGUCCGCAUUUAGGAAAGCAGCAUUAAGGUUGAAACUCGUAUUCGGUGGCCGGUGCUGUGUGUGGUGUAGCUAUUGCAGUUUCGAUAGCAUUUGUGCUGCUACCAGCAACAUCGAAAGUGUGACACGAUAUCAAAAUGCGCCGACCAGGCUGAUUGUACCCGUCUGUGUUCGCCCGUUUCCCUCUCACGAAGAUCUGCAUUAUGGGCUCUGAUUGUGAAGCCCUCACCGCAUUAUAUCUGAGCUUAGAAUUUUGGCAGCGUGCUCUUUCCCAGCCGAAUUAUUGCACCGAUAUUGAGUCUACCAUUCGAUCAUGUAAGUCGGGAUAUGGUGAUUUUUGUUGUUCAGUGUGUUACGAACUUUUGCGGUUAGAAAUUUUCAGUUUCGGCAUCAAGAAGUACCGGAAUAACGAUAAAUGCCUUACUUUCUGAGCUAAUGUCUUUACUUAGACAUGAAUCAUUGGACAAGGUUUCAGAUAGUGUUUGUUUGUGCGGUGUUUGUAAUUGCAUUUUGGUGAUCUGGACUUGUCUGGGUACUUAAUUGUUCCUUAGCCAUGUGAUGGCUCAUUUAUGUGAUAUUGCUUUUGCGGAAACCGGGGCUGUCUCCUGAUCUUGCCACAUUUUGGUGUAUGAAGCCAAAAUGGAAUGCCUCCUUGCGGUUUAAAUGUAGUAAGGUACACAUUAGUAGAUAUGAUUUAUCGUAGAUCUGUAUACAAUGGGUCUGGUUUGACUUAGUUUGCAUGUUUUCAUCCGAUUCUGGAGUGGUCCAGGUAUCUAGAAUGUGUAUUGCACCGGGGGUGAUCGGUGAUGGCUACUUUUAUUGCAGUUUGUUCGAACUGUGCACUGAGGUUCGAGGUCGGCUUGAUAUGCGGUGAUACGCGUGAUAUUGGUGUAUUCUGUCUAGUCUGUCUCGCUUUAAUUGGUUGUCACGGUGACAAGGGCACAUUCCUGGCAAGCUAAGCGUGGAGCGGGUGAAGCGCGCGCGGCCGGAGCAGCCCUGUGUUGGCAAUCUCCCACCCCGCGCCCGGUCCCCGUCCCACUUUGACGGCUGCUUCAGUGGCAUUGCCUCAGCGUUAUGUCCAAUAAACACACAGCACGGUAA